AUGCAGGCGUGUGAGCGCGGAAACACGGACGUGGUCGAACUCCUGGUCAGGAAGGGGGCAAAGGUCGACCUACAGGACGUGCUGGGGCAGACGGCCGCCGACUACGCCAAGUCGUCCGGACACGCCGAGCUCAUAGCCACGCUCGAGAUGGCGCCCUCCACCGCUACCUGGGACAUAGAUGAUGGAGAAGAAGAGACCCCAGUAGCUCCAGGAGAAGUGGACUACGUCGCAGCCUUUGAUGCAUCAGACGAGUCUCGUCCCUCCAGCCCCAGGAGGGCCUCAGCUUCACCAGGCAAACAGGAGGUAGUAUCAGUGGACAGUGGACAGUCCUCCCAGCACACCAUGACCAACUCAGCCUCCGCUGUGACGGACAGGGGAAGUCGGGACUCUCUCUUACAGGAGUUAGAGGAGGAGAAUGAAAUGCUAAAUGAGGAAGUAAACAAGCUGAGAGCUGCUCAGCAGGAGGCUACGGACAUGUUACACAGGCUUCAGGACGAGAUGGAGCAACAACAGAAUUCAGAUACGGAGGAAAAGUUGGAAGAUGAGACAAAGAGGAGGAUGGAGCUGGAGGAAGAAGUGAAACUCCUGAAGGCACAACUCUCAACAUACCAGCCCGAUGAUGAUGAUGAUGACAAGGACAGCGACUCCUGGGGAGACAGUGAUGAUGACGACCUGUUUGACCUUCCUGGCACAGAAAAAACAGGCACCAGUGGGAGUAAGCAGAAGCCAGCCGGCGGCGAGGACCCCCAGCUUGUGGCCUUGCUGCGGAGUCAGGUGGUCUCCCUCAGGAUGGAGAACGACAGGCUCAAGGAGCAACUGGAGAAUGUGGAGGAUGGCAAGUCCCCGACUAGAGAGUCCCACACGAAGGAAAACGGGUUCCCAGAGUCCGUGCCCCUGUCGGAGUACGAGAGACUGAAGCAGAACAGCGUGCCUCGGUCGGACUUCGACAGACUCAAGUCCGAAACCGUGCCCCUCUCAGAGUUCAACGCCCUCAAGAGCAGAACCGUUCCCAAGGAGGACUUCAGACGACUUCAAGAAGACUCCGUCCCGAGGGAGGAAUACGACAGACUCCAGACGGAAACGAUUCCUCUGGAAGAGUACAACAGGCUGAAGGAGGAGACAGUCUCUGUUGUGGAGUAUGAGAGGCUCAGAGCCGACACAGUUCCCAAGUCGGAGUUUGAUCAGAUGAAAUCCGAGCUGAUCGCCCUCUCCCAAGGCAGCAAGGACAACCAAGAAACCUAUGAGAAAUGA